CAUUGCAUUUAGAAAAUAGCAUGUAAAUAUAUUGAAAAUAAUUAAAAUGACUACAAUACAAAAGUUUAAUUUAGAUAAUAUUUGUCGAUCAUGUAAAUCUGAAUCAGAACAUUUACAAUCAGUUUAUGUAAAACUUGAAGGUUUACCAUUAGUGCUAGCUGAAAUGUUAAUGGCAUGCACCUCCAUUCAGGUGGAAAUGGGUGAUGGUUUACCAUCGUCAAUGUGCCUCGAUUGUGUAAAUCAAUUAAACAACGCAUAUAAUUUUAAAGAACAAUGUGAAAAAACAGACAUAUCGCUACGUGAUUGGAUUAACAAUCAAUUAACAGAAGAACCCAUUGAUGAAAAACAAAAUGAUCUAUUAUCGGGUACAAAUUUUUUGAACAACGAUAACAACGAAUUCAUAUCAAACGAACAUGAUUACAUUUAUGAAAAAGAAUUUCAAUCACAUUGUUGUACAAACUGCCCUCAAACAUUUCCCACAAAACACGAAUUACAAUUACAUCAACAAAUCGAGCAUGUAACGAACGAUUCUUUAACGUGUAAAAUAUGUUUGAAAAAAUUUGAAUUUCCCAGUCAUUUAGAACGACAUAUGCGCAUCCAUAAUCCGCCUAAGAUUUAUAUUUGUAAAAUAUGUGAUAAACGUUUAACACGAUUAGAGCAUUUAAAACGGCAUAUGAUUAUACAUUUAAAAAUUAAACCGCAUGUUUGUAAAAUAUGUAAUCGCGGUUUUAAUCAUCCGGAUAAUUUAAUAAAUCAUUUAAAACGAUGUAAGGGCGAUCGUACAUAUGUUUGUGAGAUUUGUAAUCGUGGUUUUAAUCGUCCUGAUGGUUUAGAAGCACAUAUGGGUAAUCAUGAUCCUACGGUUGAUGUUAAGCCUAUGUUAGAUUCAUUAGAUAAUAUUGAACGAUAUAUUCUAGUACAAAAUUUAGAAAAUGAUGACAUACAUGAUUUUAUUGAACCACAAGUCGAUAUACAAGAGUCGAAAAGUGUCUCUGAUACAAAAAUGUCAGACCAAAGUGGUAUCGAUGAUGAAGUUAAUGAUUAUGAUGAUCUUAAAAAAAGUCAUCGAACGAAACAUAAAAGACGGCUAAGUAAAACAAAAAUUAACACAGCGUCGUCAGAAUUAGUAAUAUAUUCUUGUAAGUUAUGUGAUAAAAAAUUUAAACGUUCAAGUCAUUUAAAACGACACAUGUUAGGACAUGGUGAAGUAAAACCAUUCUGUUGUAAUUAUUGUCCAAAAAAAUUCACACGUCGUGAUCAUAUGUUACGUCAUAUUAAAUUACAUAACACAACGAAACAAUUUAAAUGUGAUAUUUGUAGCAAAGAUUUUAAUCGUAAUGAUCAAUUGCAACAACAUAAAGCUGUACGGCAUGCAAUUGGUGAAAAAAAAUCAAUUGAGAAAAAAUUUCAAUGCGAUGUAUGUAAUAAAUGCUUUACAACGGAAAAAUAUCGUGAUACACAUGUUAAAGCGCAUAAUGAUGCACCAAAAGAGAAGGAAAUUUCUUGUAAAGCAUGCUUUCAAAAAUUUGAAUGUAAAAAUGAUUUACAGGAACAUGAAAAACAGAAUAUACAAUGUUCAAAAAAAUAUUUAUGUUCGGAGUGUGGGCAACGUUUUAUGAAAAAAAAUUAUCUUGUUGUACAUAUGCGUCGUCAUCGUGGUGAAAAACCCUAUAAAUGUCGAUUUUGCAAUAAAGGCUUCCCUCGUUCAACGGAUGUUACACGCCAUGAAAAGUUUCAUACUGGUGAAAAAAAUCAUUUAUGUAUUAUUUGCGGUAAAGGAUUUGGGAGGGCAUAUAAUUUAACAUUACAUAUGCGCACACAUACUGGAGAAAAACCAUAUCAAUGUACAUACUGUGAGGCUGCCUUUGCACAAAGUAAUGAUUUAAAAGCACAUAUUCGACGGCAUACUGGUGAACGUUAUCAUUGUGAUUUGUGUAACGAUGCAUUUUUAAUGGGAUAUUUAUUAAAACAGCAUAAGAAAAAUGUUCAUGGAGUUGAGUGUCAAAGUGAACGAAUUCAACCAUAUAAAAAAGAAGAAAUCGAUAUUACGUUUAAAAAUGAAACAAUAUUUAAAAGAGAAGAAACGGAAUUUAAAAAAAUGGAUAGUGAUGAUGUUAAAAUUCAAAAAUUAUGUAGGACUUGUAAAAAUGAAUCGAGUGAUAUGCAAUAUAUUUUCGAAAAUUCUAAAAUACUAGAAAAUAAGUUUCGUUUUGCUGAUAUGUUAAUGGCGUGUGCUUCAAUUCAAGUAACAGACGGAGAUGGACUGCCAACAUUAAUAUGUUCAAUCUGUAUUAGUAAAUUAAUAAAUGCAUACACAUUUAAACAACAAUGUGAAUUAAUUGAUUCAAGUUUUCGAUUAUUAAUAAAAAAGAAUGAUAUCAAACAAGAAAUAAUAUCAACAGAUGAUUUAGAUUUCAAUGAAUACCCUGUUCGUGAUAAUAAUGAAAUAAAAACAGAAGAUUACAUUACUAAAAUUGAAAAUGAUACAAAACCAAAUAUUAAAACAACGUCAUCGUCACAUACCUGUCAAAUAUGUACAAAAGUGUAUGCAUGUGAAGCAAACUUAAGUCGACAUAUGCGUCAACAUUUCCCAAGUAAACGAUUUCGUUGUAAAAUAUGUAAUAGUACAUUAACACGUAUGGAUCAUUUAAAACGACACAUGGUUAUACAUUUAAAAACUAAACCGCAUGUGUGUCGUACAUGUAAGCGUGGUUUUAAUAAAGCUGAUAAUUUAUAUUCGCAUGAGAGUCGAUGUAUUGGCCAACGACCAAAUAUAUGUCCAAUAUGUAAUCGUGGUUUUAUGCGAGCUGAUAGUUUACAAGUACAUAUGACAUCACAUGAACCAUCCGCUGAAAGUUCAUUAGUUUUAGAUUCAUUAGAUAAUAUCGAUAAUUAUAUUGAAAUUCAAGAUUGUUUUGGUACGGAUGAAACAACAACACAGUCGUCAGAACAACAUGAUCAGAAUAGUCGAGAGCAUAUUUUAUUAGAACCACAAGUUAAUAUAUUAGAAGGAAAUAAUUGUAAUCAAAAUAGUAGUAAUCCAGAUCAUUCUUCAGCUCAACCAUUGGUGGGUCACACUGUGGAUUGCCAAGGUUCUAGUGACGAAGGUGGUGAUGAUAAUUAUUUAGAAUCCUCAUUUCAAGAUAAUAUUGACGAAGGUGAUGAAGAUAUAAAACCAGUAAAUGUAAAUAGCAUCGAAAAUGAACAGAACAGUAGCACUAACAAUGAACAACAAAAUAAUGACCUUUUAGAAACAUACGCAACAUUAGCAGAAAAAAUAAAGCUUGAAACGUUAGACCUACCGUGCGAUCAAUGUGACAAACGAUUUUCAUCACUAGUAAAUCUUGAAGUACAUAAACAACGACAUAAUCGUAAAGAAAAUAAAAAUAUAUUCAGUUGUACACAAUGUGAUAAAAAAUUUACACGAGCUGAUCAUCUAAAACGGCAUAUGAAUAGUCGUCAUGAGAAUUAUAAACCAUUUAAAUGUCGUUUAUGUGCAAAAACAUUUACACGACGUGAUCACAUGCUACGUCAUUUAAAAGUACAUGAAAUUGAUAGACAUACUUUCACGUGCGAAGAGUGUCAAAAACAUUUUUCAAAGGAAGAAUUAUUGGUUAAACAUCGUGCUGCUAAACAUGGCAUUGGUGAAAAGCUGAUACCUGAUAAAAAAUUUAAGUGUCAUAUAUGUGAUAAAUUAUUUACAACGGAAAAAUAUCGAGAUACACAUAUUUUUGCACAUGGCAAUAAAACGAAAGUAUUCCGAUGCAAGGGAUGUGAUCAGGAAUUUGAAAGUAAAGAUGAUUUAGCAAAACAUUUAAAAGUGGCUAAUGAUUGUUCACGACGAUUUUUAUGCUCGGAAUGUGGACAACGUUUUACUAAGCGUGAUUAUUUAUUGGUGCAUAUUCGAAGACAUCGUGGCGAAAAACCAUUUAAAUGUCGAUUUUGUGACAAAGGUUUUCCUAGGACUACGGAUUUAAAAGCCCAUGAAAAAUGUCAUACUGGUGAAAAAAAUCAUCUAUGUAUUAUUUGUGGAAAAGGUUUUGGAAGAGCAUAUAAAUUAACAAUACAUAUGCGUACACAUACGGGUGAAAAGCCAUAUGCGUGUACAUAUUGCGAUGCAGCAUUUGCUCAGAGUAAUGAUCUAAAAGCACAUAUACGUCGUCAUACUGGUGAACGUUAUUAUUGUGAUAUAUGUAACGAUGCUUUUCUAAUGGGCUACAUGUUAACACAACAUAAAAAGAAUGUUCACGGCGUAGAUCUCCCAGCAUCACAAAAACCACUGGCACGAUUAAAUCAAUCAGCACCACAACCUAUCAAACCAGAAAUUCGACGUAAUCCUGCAUUUAGUAAUUUAAUUGGACGUAAUAAUAAUAUUUCAACAGAUGCAAGCAGUGGGGGAGCUGAUACAAUGUUUCCAUUGCCAGUAUCACACAUGUUAAACUUUUUUAAUGAAACACAACAAAAAAAAUCAAUAAUUAGUGAAAUUCCGCCACAUUUAAAAACAUCAUCAUUAUUAAUUCAACCGUCAUCCACAUCACCUAUUACAAAUUCUCAACAGCAAUCGAUAAAUGAAAUUCCAUCACAUUUAAAAACAACAUCUUUAUUAAUCCAAUCGUCAACCACAUCCCCAACUACACAUCCCCAACAGCAGUCUAUAAAAUCAGAAUUAGGUGAAGGUUUUAAUAGUUCAAUUUUUACUUCUCAAAUUUGAAUGUACUUAUAUACUUCGUAAAUAGAGAGUAAUUUAUUAAUUUUAUUUAAUGUAUUAUAAU